AUGUUACUUACGCAAGUUUUCUAUAUUCUUUUGCUUUAUAAGGACUUCAUGCAACAUGGAUCCGUACAAUACCAAGUUACUGCACAGUUAGAUUACGAAGACUUCGAAGACUACAUCCAAGAUUCUGAAUAUAAUGUAAAUAAUAACUUCUUGGAAGAGAGUGAAAAAAUAGACAGCAGUACAGUUGUCGAAGAUAAUUUUAUCAACAGAGUCAAAAGAUACGAAGAUAUUCGUGCUAAACUUCAAAUCCUUAAUCCAAAACAAAUGAUAUUGAUAAAAGAUACGCUAUACAAUUAUUUAGUCGGUCACAUUAAUGAAAAUGACUUAAAGAGUUCGUUAUCAGAAGUUUUACAAAAUCAUAAUGAUGUGUCUAAUUCAGUGCGGAAUAAACAACAUUCAAAAUAUAAUUUCUUUGAUAGUAAUGUUGAUGAAGAGUUAAAUUCUACCUGGAUUGAUAUCGAUUUAAAAUCUGCAGAAAGUAAUUAUACUGGAGUUAAAACUAUCUUUAAGGAGACAAAGACCAUACCAGAGCUUCUAGACAACGCUACAUCAUUAUUAAUUACGAACCACACAAUAUGCCGUAGUGAUUCUGUAACAUACACAACAGUUUCUACAAUUCCUGCAAAUAUUACCAAUUUCACUGAUGCAAAUACGCCGUCUCCUGAAACAACAACUAGUUGCAAAGAAUCAACUAAUGAUCUUGAUGUAGGAAUAUUACAAUUGGCAGCCAAUGAACAUAAACUUAAGUGUACGGAGUUUAAUGAUGAAGUACCAAGUACUGCACAUCCAGAAAAUAUUAACAGGACAAUAGAUACAUCUCUUGCAGUAUCAUUUCGCGAAAAACCUCUUAUGAAUGCUAUUUCAAUGGCCUAUGACAUAAUCGAAGCUUUAAAAGUAGUACCAUUGACACAGAAAAAUAUGACCCACUCAAAUUUAUUAACUAGGUCUAAAGCCGAUCAUACAUUUAGUGAGGAAAGUGAAAGACAAGAAGAAAAAAAAGAUGUGAUUGACGUUUCCAAAAUUGUAGAUUUGAUAUCAAACAUAAGUGAUGCGAAUUUGUCGCAGAAUUAUCGUAGAUCGUCUCCAAGUUCCGCACCGUCAUGUUCAUACAUGUACCCUCCUAAUUACGGAACGUCACCUAAGAAUGAGAAUUACGAUUACGACGCUAACUAUACUGGAACACUGGUGACUAAGUGCUAUGUUUGUGGAUUAGAAGAGGAAAAGAUUCCCCGUAGUACACUUUGUGCAGAUGCUUUCUCAGACGACCAAUCGUACAGGAAACAUAUGUACAAAUUCCAGAAGUAUUGCCGCUACUAUGAAAACGUAAAAAAUUAUUGCGUCACUUCAUACGACCGAAAAUCGGUCUGGGGACACUGGUCUGGAGGGUGCUCUUGGCGCAUGAUAGACAUCAGUGAUAUCUACACACAAAGGACCUGCAGAAAUCGCCAGAAGCCCACCAAGGGCCGACACUUUGCGAGUCAUCGAAUGGCUAAGCUCGAACUGACUCUUGCUGGUAUGGAUAACGGUUGUAUUACGAGUCCAAGCGCGUCGCUGGUGCCCCUGUCCCGCAGCGUUUCUCUGUACGCUCGUUUCAUUGCUUGUGUGUGUACAGGGGAUUUUUGCAAUGUUGGUACUUCUUAUUUCACAUGUCAUGGAAGUUAUACAAAGUUGUUUACGAUUCUGAUUUUUCUAAAAACUCUUAUUUAA